AUGAAGUCAUGGGUGAAAUAUGACAAAGGGAGAGGCUGAGGAGGAGGAGGAGGGCCAAAGGCAAGUGGAACUUGGAGGCCAGUUGGGCGCAACAGUUUGGAGCAACUUGAGCCCACUCUAGAAGGGGAACAGGCUCGUUGAAAGCAGGCAGGCAGGCAGGGAAGAGUCCGGGCCUUUUGCAAAGCUGGCAUCCGCAGAAGUGAGAGAAGCGAUGGGGGAAGACGGGGUGCAAGUGGAGAAGAGCGGGGCGCGGGUCUCUCCCGGCUCGGAGGAGGCCCGCAGCAGCAGCCCCGUGCCUUCGGGCAGCCGCAGUCCGAGCUUGAAGCAGCUGCUGCCCUCGACGGGCUCCGGGGAGGCCGGCUCGCGCGACCCCUCGCAGCAAGUCAACGCCAUCACGGUGCUGACCCUGCUGGACAAGCUGGUCAACAUGCUGGACGCGGUGCAGGAGAAGCAGGCCAAGAUGGAGCAGCGGCAGAUCGAGCUGGAGGGCUCGGUCAAGGGCAUCCAGAGCGACCUGAGCAAGCUGUGCAAGCACCACACCUCCACCUCCAACACGGUGGCCAAGCUGCUGGAGAAGUCGCGCAAGGUCAGCGCCCACACGCGCGAGGUGCGCGAGCGCAUGGACCGCCAGUGCGCCCAGGUCAAGCGCCUCGAGCACAACCACGCCCAGCUCCUCCGCAGGAACCACUUCAAGGUGCUCAUCUUCCAGGAAGAAAACGAAAUCCCUGCCAGCGUCUUUGUCAAAGAACCUGUUCCCAGCAUUACUGACGGGAAGGAAGGGUCUGUUGAUGAGAAUAAAACUUUGGAGGAAACAAUGCACACUGUAGAGUUAUCCUCAGAGGAUGAAGCUCCCCAUGAUGAAGGUGCAGAAGACAGCAUGGAUGAAAAAUUAGAGGAGACCAGAGCUGAGAAGAUCAAGAGGUCAAGCCUCAAGAAGGUGGACAGCCUGAAGAAAGCAUUUUCUCGGCAAAAUAUCGAGAAGAAGAUGAACAAGAUUGGCACCAAGAUUGUGUCAGUUGAACGGAGAGAGAAGAUUAAGAAGUCUCUCACCCCUAACCACCAGAAAUCAUCCUCAUCAAAGAGCUCAUCCUUCAAGGUUUCUCCCCUUACAUUCAAUGUGAAGAAAGUUCGUGAUGGAGACACUUCCAUGGAGGGGGAAGACAAAGCAGCAGAAGUUACUGGCAGCGAGCACACAGCAAAUGAUGAAGAGACCUCCUUCACCGAGAUCCACUCAGACAUGGCCUCUCACACGCCUCCAGCUGAAGAGGGAAAAGCCUUGGCCGACUCUCUGGAAAAAGAAACAGGAAGUGAAGGAGAUGCAGCGGUGAACAACAACAUUGAGCUUGCGAUUGUUGAAGAAGGUGACAACUACAGGCCCUCAUUAGAAAUCAGGCAGGAACAUUAUGACGAAAGGCACAAACCGACCAAGGGUGAAAUGGAACAAUUGGAUGAAGAAUCGAGCCGACCAGCUGUCCUCCAUGUAGACCAAACAGCAUAAAUCAUCUGAGCCCUUUUUAUGUUUCUCUAAAUUCAUGCAUUUUUAGCUACAGCAAUAACCUGGGUGUAAGUCUGUUACACAUGAAGCUAGGGGUAAUAGCAAGUUAAGGUGAAGUUGCUGCUGUUUUUAAGAUAGAUUUCUACACAUGUCUAAUUUCAUGACAUUAGGACUGAAAUCCACAGUGAAAAGUGAGGUCUGAUACCCAGGGUAAUUUAGAGUUAAGUCUGUUGACAUUUUGUAGACAACAUCAACCACCAUGCUUAGUGCCUGCAACUCCUCCAACAAUUUCUAUUAUUAGGUAAGAGCUGUUGCAGUUAAUUGUAUCUCAGGAUGCUGGGGGGAGAGCUAUAAAACAGUGUUUAAAAGAACCUGCAAAGAAAGUUAGGCCAAUUGAGGAGGAAGAGCAUAACUAUCUUACAUAUUUAAUCACUUUAGCAUUCAUUUAACUCCCUCCGCCCCCAAGAAUCUUGGGAAUUGCAGUUCACGGAGGUGCUGAGCGUUCUCAGAGAUCCUCCGCUCCCACUCCAAUGAACUUCAGCUAUGAAGGUUCUCUAGGGAGAAAUAAUGUGUGUUCAACUAAGGCUAAACCAGGGGUACAGCUUUUAUCUUACGUUUUGUCAGCAAAAAAGCACCCCUUGCUAUUUGUUCAUUCAGAUACACAUUUCCAGUGUAUUUUCCCUUCCUGAACACGUUGCCCAGGAAGCAUGAACCCGAGGCAAAGGGUGAGCCUACAUUGAAAAGGACACUUAGCUGCCUUCUGACCCCAAAAAUGGGAGGGAAAGGGGGUAUACUUGCUGUGCCCUCUUUGCAAGUUAACUAGCUGCUCAACUUUUCAAAACUGCAUACCAUAACUUGUACACCAUGUGCUAUUACCUUCUUGUGGAUUUUUUUUUGGGGGGCAGUUUUAGCUAUUUCCCUCCCAAUGAAAUAGUCACAUUUGGGGGUCCUUGGGUUAAGUUUUUUGAUACUGCAUUGCUCCCACAAUGUGUUUCCCCCUCUUAAAGCAGGAACCUUGUUGAACAGAGAUGGAAAUCCUGUUGCCCUCAAGGUGUUGUUGGACUUCCGCUCCUAACAUUCCUCAUCAUUGACUCUAUUGGCUCAGGUUGUUGGGAGUAGCGGUCCAUACCUGAUGAGCAUCAGAAUUUGCACUCUUGCUGUAUGACAAGAGCAAUAGGAUAAAUAAUUGAAAACUAGCCCUUCCAGCUACCCCAUAGGGAUCUACAUGCACUCCUUGGAUAAGAAUAUGUACAUUUACCAAUUAGAAAUGAUGCAGAUGGGCACUGCAUUGUAGUAUCAAAAAUAAUAAAAGGAUCAUACCAUUGUUGCUUUAACAUUCAUUUAGUGACUACUGAGACAGAGCAAUUAGCUUAUGUGGUUGUUAGCGAAAGGGACCCAUUAAUCAUCGCUUUAUUCAUCUUUCCAAUAUUGUGUCCAUUCUUUUUUAGGUGCAUGUCUUGUUUUAUUUUGAACAUUGUUAACAUUCUAACAUUAUGAGAACUACAGUGCAGUCCUAUGGUAUGUACUCAUUGAGUACAACAGGACUUGUUCCCAAGUGAAAGAGUUGUGCCUUAGUAUAUUAGUAAAGAGGGAUCAGUGAUGGAUGGUCUAGUGAGGACCAUUUCCACAUGCCCCCCAGGAUCAAUUUGAGCAAACAUUUUUAUUUUAUUAUUAUUAUUUUGAAUGGGAGUAGUAGCUGACAGUCUUUCAAGGUCUCCAGUCCCCUAGUCUCCCACAGUUGUCUUCCCCUACCUUGAUACUUCAUGUUUAUGACUCCAAACAUCUUCAAGAUACAUGCCUUGCCUCUGAGUCUGAAUUACAGAGAUUUUAGCCUAGGCAAGUUAUUCAUGGAUAGUGAUGGGAAAAUGCAGAUCCAUUACAGUUGACGUCUAAUCAGCCCAAGUCUUUAUGGCCAGUGAUCAGACAUGAUGGGAAGUGCAUCAUGAACAGUUGAAAUCCUACGGAUUCCUUAUUGCUGACCUCAAAUAAAGAGCCCUGAGAAACAUAACUGUGAGAAUUAGAUAUCUGUCUUGAAUCUCUGUGCCCCUUAGAAAUAUUCUGGUGCAGGUGGGAAGAUAUCUUGUGAAUGUGUUUCUCUUGCAGAAGUUGGGCUGUCGUCUUUUGUGCCUGUGGUCCCAUUCCCACAAGGAAACUACUGUGGGCAUAAUGAUAAGUGGGAGAUGGGUGGUGCUUUUAAUUGAGAAAGCAAGCUGAUCAUUUGUAUAGUAUAAUACUCUUUUCUAGAGAUUUGCUCAUGUUCCAAAAAAAUAUUCCCUCUCAGAAGUGUUUAUGGACCGCUCUAGGUUCUCCAGUGCUUUUCUAUGCUAUGCUCUGGCCCAAGUAUAGUCAAAAUAUCGGGUUCACCGUAAUCCAUGGUUUCAGGUAUCCAUGGGAGGAUCAUGGAACAUAUCCUCCGCAGAUACAGGAGUCGUAUUGUAUGAACUUAGCACUGUCUGUAUAUCCUCUCUAGCUGAGUUUGCUCUUUUUGUCCCGAGUAUGCUGAUAAUGUAUAUACACAUACAUACAUACACACAUAUAUAUAUUAUAUUAUAUUUUAAAAGAGAGCAAUUUUUAAGAGAGAACAGUUCCUUACUCAAAACAAUUAUGUUUAAAUGGCAAAAGGGAGAUAUAUAUUGUAAUCUAAGCAGUCUGUAGAAAUAAUUAUCAAAUAGAUUCUUCUAUGCAACCCAACUACUGUAUUUAAAAGAGUGCAAUGUGAGAAACAGGUUGGAAUAUUGCAAUAUAAUCUAAGAAAGAGAAUAUAUGAUUUAAAAGAUAUAAGAGGAAAGAGUUGAACAGUAAUGAUUUUGAAACCAAGUAAUAGCAAAUGACGUAUUUUGGAAGGAUGUUAUUUUCAUUUUGUACCUGUAUAAUGUUACUGACAAGGGUGUUUUGAGAAAUAUAUCAGUAGAUUAUUUGGAUGCAUAUAUUACAGCAGAUGAAGAUAAUAUUGCAAGAAAGUGCUGUGCAGUUUAGCCAUCUUGAUUUUCAUGGGGACCAGAGUGUACAUAACUGCAGUGGCCACUGUCCAAAAUAUGGAGACGGAUGGAAAAUACUGGGGAAUGUUUAUGAUCCUUCACACAUCUGGUCAAUGUUCAAUAAUAUGAAAGGACACUUCUGAAUGCUGACAUUGGCCCCUUCCACACAGCUGAAUAAAAUCCUCACAUUUUCUGCUUUGAACUGGAAUAUAUGACAGUGUAGACUGUCAUAUCACCCAGUUCAAAGCAGAUAUUGUGGGAUUUUCUGCCUUGAUAUUCUGGGUUAUAUAGCUAUGUGGAAGGGCCCCAUGAGGUAGCAGGCCAAUGAAUUUAGAAAACUUCCCUAUUUUGGGACAUGCACCAGAUGUGUGAGGAAUCAUUUGUAACUUUCCCAUCAUUUUUUUACCAUUUCCACAUUUUGUACAUUCAGUGUAAUUUAUAUUCCAAUGGAAAUAUAAAAACAAUUUUAAAGCAUGCAGAAUGCUUACCUCUUGAGCUAGUGAAGUCAGAAGCUUUUACAAUGUGUUGCGUGUAUUUUUUAAUUAUGUGCUUUGAGUUAUAAAGGACAAUGAACACAACCCACCACGACUUUCUUCUGCACCAAUUCAGUAUAUAAUUUGCUUGUUCACAAUGUUGAUGCAUUUCAGGAGGGCUGGGAAAUGGAAAGGUUGAUCCCCAAUCUUUUCCAUCUUUCAAUAUGUACUGGACUUCAAAGUAAGACAGCGUUUGAAUUCUCGACAAAUGCUAUACUUUACAAUCAAAAGCUGGACAACUUCAGAAAUGAAACCACAUUCCUGCUGCAAUUGAAUUCUCUUUGAAACCUUCAUUCCAUUAAUCACAAAGGUAAACCCAUCAACAAAUAUGCAAGUGCUUGACAAUCUUACUUUAUUUGUAUGCAUUUUUUUACUAUUUUAACAAGGAUAAAUCUGCUUUUUACAUAACAUUGCAUUAAAGCCUUGCUUUGUUUACCCCAAGAUAUAUUUAGAACUGCAAGUUAAGAAAAAAUUGUAUUAGAAAUAUAUAUAUCUGUGACAGAGAGCUGUGCCAUGCAGUGAGCUUCCUACUACCUAUACCUGUUGCUAGAAGUUUGAUCAGAAUUGAUUUCUAUGCAGAUCUAUUGAUUGUUAAACUUUUUUUCCAAUAAAAAUAAAUCAAUAUUAUGAGAGUUGCCAUCAGAAGGGGGAAAACUGUGAUUAUAAUCCACACAUCCAUCUUAGUUUGAAUUAACAACUGUGCCUGUUACUAACUGCAGAUAUGAUCAAGCCAAUAAACAUCAAAUUAAAUGAA